AUGAAAUCGGCAUCAAUGGUCACUCCGUGUAUAAUGGGAAUGGUGAUUAACGAUGUGUUUGCGCUGCAAUGCCUGUCAAACGAUUCUAAGACAAAAUUGCAGGCAACCAAGAAUUUAAAAACUUCCAUGGAUAGCAGAAUACAAAAUUAUCAAAAAGACAUGGAAACUAAAAUGAAGAAAUUAUUUGACGACAUGGGAUCUAUACGAACAGACAUGAAAAGUAAAAUUAAUAAACUGGUUGAUGAUAUUGAAUCUGUAGUUCAAAGUUGUCAGAGUGAGAAGAUACAAAUACAAUGGAAAGAAUACAAAGGGCAUUAUUACUUCUAUGGAAGGGAACGACUAACUUGGACUAAGGCUGAGCAACGAUGCAGGCAGAUUGGAGGACAUUUAGCAAAAAUAGACGACGAGGCAGAAAACAAAUGGAUAAUGGAUAACAGAACAGGUAAAAAUAAGGCCUUUGUACAAAAUCAUUUAUGGAUGGGACUAACAGACCUAAAGGAAGGAGAAUACCGAUGGAGUUAUGAUCAGACCAUAGCAAAAUAUAAACCAUGGUUUAGUGGAUGGGGAGGUAAAGGUUACUGA